AUGACAGAUCUCAAUAAGCCAGGCUCCGAGGAGCGGGCCAUCGCACAAGCCGAGAUCCGUGCCAUCUGUCAUCGCUAUGCGGUCAUGGCAAGGGACAAGGUAGAUUUCAAAGAUAUGGAACCCCUCUUUCGACCGGACGGCCUUUUUCGCCUCCCAAAUGGAGUUGCAGUAAAGCCAUCAGAGAUCAGCACUGUUGUACAGGGAGAGGAAGCAAAAUACAUUCGGCACCACAUCACCAGCAUCGACAUACACUUUACCAGCGACACCGAAGCCCGAACGAAGUCGCAAUUCUUUGCCGCCACCAAUGUAACCUUCACCGACCACUGGGGCUGCUGGGAGGACAUCUUUACACGCGAUGAGAAUGGAGCUUGGCUUAUUUACGAUCGCAGCAUUGUUAUUGAUGGCUAUGAUCCCAAGGGUUGGUAUGGGGAGAAGUAUGGAGGUCCGUCCUGCUUAGAAAGAUGA